AUGGCACACCCGCCGGCGCGCGGCGGCGGCGGCAUGCCGGUGCCCCAGGCGAUGGCCAAGGCGUGGCGGCCCUACGACCGCGCCGGCAGCGCGGCAGAUCUAGGGGGUGUGUCGGUCUACUGGCACGACAACGUCACCAAAGAGCCCGGCAUCGGCGGCGAGCUCAUGUCCAGCACCCUCGUGAGCGGCGCCCCCGAUGACGUCAUCGCCGCCCUGACGCACCCCUGCAGCCCGACGGGCCUCCUGGGGCCGGCGCAGCAGUCGUGCGUGCUUAGGGAAGGGGACGGCUGGCAGGAUCUAUUCAUCCUGCUGCAGCCCGCCCCAAGCUCAGCCGCCGCCCUCCUCUGCGCCCCCCGCGCCGCCGUCGUCCGACUGGAGCGGCAGCAGCGCCCAGACGGCAUCCACCUGCUGUCUUUCUCCAGCCUCCCCGCACACGAGGCGGCCCGCCUGCUGUCCCGCCGCGCGGGCAGGGCCGGCGGCGGCGCCUGGGGGCUGGCGCUGGCGGAGGUUUCUGGGGGUUACUCAGUGGCCGGCCUCGAUGGCAGCGGGCGGCAGGAGGGCUGCGGCGGCGAGUGCAUGCUGACGGGAAUAUUCCGGGUCGACCUCGGCGGCUGGCUGGCGGGCUGCCGCCCCUCCGGCGCCGGCGGCCGGGGCCUCGGCGGCCUGCGCGCCGCGGUUGCGGCCGGCUUCGUCGAACCGAUGCUUGCGGCGGUGCCCCUGGCUAAAAAGGAGGUCGAGACGGGCCGCGUGCUGGUGUGA